GCUACGUGUCCCUGCGCUUUUGACUAGGAAGCCCCUAGUGCGAACCUGCCAACGCCCGGCGCAGAGACACAAAUUGAGAGGAUACGAUCUUGAAUGAGUAGAGAGGAUUGUAAAGCACAGCUAUGCAGACGAUCAAAUGUGUUGUGGUGGGAGAUGGAGCUGUGGGUAAAACCUGUCUGCUCAUCUCCUACACCACAAACAAGUUCCCCUCUGAAUAUGUACCCACGGUGUUUGACAACUAUGCUGUAACAGUGAUGAUAGGGGGGGAGCCCUACACACUGGGCUUGUUUGACACUGCAGGUCAGGAGGACUACGACAGGUUACGACCUCUGAGUUAUCCCCAGACAGACGUCUUCCUCGUUUGUUUCUCUGUCGUAUCCCCCUCCUCUUUUGAAAACGUCAAAGAAAAGUGGGUACCGGAGAUCACCCACCACUGUCCGAAGACCCCCUUCCUGUUGGUGGGGACUCAGAUAGAUCUGCGGGACGACCCCUCCACUAUAGAGAAGCUGGCCAAGAACAAGCAGAAGCCCAUCACUCCGGAGACGGCAGAGAAACUGGCCCGAGACCUCAAGGCUGUGAAAUACGUUGAAUGCUCAGCUCUCACACAGAAAGGCCUAAAGAAUGUGUUUGAUGAGGCGAUACUGGCUGCCCUGGAGCCUCCAGAGCCCAAGAAGAAACGCAAAUGUGUGCUGCUAUGAGUGACCACUCCCAUCCCACCCAUGCACGCACACACACACACGCACGCACACACACCCACAACUCGACCCUCCCCCAAACCCUCCCCCGGCUAUUCCUCUCCUAAGGCUGGUUGACAGCCAUAUACUUUUAAGACAAGUAUAGAAACAAACAAAAUGAGUAUCCCAUUAGACACUGCAAUAAGGAGACAUUAGAUGAUCUAUCCCUGUGUUAUCCCCGGAGAGAGGGACAGGACAGAACUUACCCUGUGAUUGUGUCCAGGACGACCACCCUUCUACUGGUCAUAACAGUCAACAGAACCUUUAGAUGAGAGAGAAUUUCAUAUGUAGUCCGUGUAUCGCUGUGGGCUAAAGUGACUUCUACUCCUCAUCUCCUACCCGACUUUCCCAAGCCUCAGACCUGUCAGGACCGUUCACAUUUUGGUUUUGACUCAAAAUGUGCACAACUUAAUUUAGGCAACUAAUCAAGCCUUGGACCAAUUGAAUAAGGUGUGCCAAUUUUGGAUUUUAAGCUAAAUUGUUUAAUGUCUAGGGAGGCUUGAGGCGAGAGGGGAAACCCUGGUCUCUACUGCUCAGUGUACAGACCUUGGCUUUGAUGGUCAGUCCAGGUGAAAGGGCCGGAGGUGAGGAGAGGCAGUGGCUGACCAGUGUCAUGUACUACACUAAGACCAUGUCACUCACCAGUGUUUGAACCGUUUGUUUUAACGAGUGCCCACAGGCUGUUGAUUUUAGCUCUCGUAUGGGUAAUGACCUAACUGGUUCUUAAACGGUCCUUGGCGGCUUUCCCUGUAACUGAUGUUAAUGCUCUCCUUGUCACCUAGUUUCUGUGUAACUAGCCGUUUAUCAGUUCUGACAGACAUCCUCGACCCCUGAAUGAAAUGACUGCCUGAGUGACAGCAUGCUGCUGCAUUAAGCUGCACCCCUCUUUACGAGCACAUCGAGCAGCCAAUCGUGUUGCUCCACUUCCAACCCCGUCUGAAGCAGCUCUGGCGGGGUGCCCUAUUUAGUUCUUUACCUCCCUUCCCUGACAGAACAGAAGUCUCCCAUUUAGGAUCAAUCUCCAAUCUACUUGCCCUCUCCCCCUGGAUACGUGCAGAUCUUAAUUAAAUGGAUAGGAAAACAUUGUUACUAUUAUGCUUAUACCUAUCCAGUCCUUUCUGAGCUGUAAUGUGGGCGUUAAAUAUGUUAGAGGUUAGAUCAUCUGGCCACUAUCCAAAGGGGUUGUUAGAUCGGAUCCCUAAUUCAGCUUUCCUUGAGCAAGACCAUAAUAACCCUAACUGCUUCCGUAAGUGGCUUUGGGUAAAAUGAGAAAUGUAUAGUAGGAGUGGUCAGGGGAGGAGCCUAGGAGCAGAUUAGGGCCUGGCCUGACUGAAGAAUUAAACUGAAGCCAUUGUGGAUGCAGGAAUUGGCCUUUUGAAGCAGGGAACUUAAACAGUGUUAGCAGAAACAAGUGUGUUCUUAAUGCAUUGCUAGGGGCCAAGGGGAGUCAGUCAAGCAUUAUUAGAAGAAUCAUUGAGGUAACCAUAGAUCUAGAAUUAGUAGAGCUAACAUUUCCUGUUCAAAGCUCUGUGGCGGGUACACCGGUGGCCAUAUGUUGUCCUGUUUAGAUGUUUUUAAUUGAUGCUCAUCAGAAUUCUGUGCCACAUCAGAAUUCUGUGCCUUUCUCAGUGUUCCAUGCUGUCACAGCAAUGUUACUGGCCCGUCAUGAUAGGUGUACCUCCUGUAAAAUCUGUGGUCUGAGGGAUUGUCUGUUCUAUUACUUGUAAUUCUAUGGUAUUUACAUUGUGGAAACGGUCGUGUAACAUUGUGGUAAUGCAUGUAGGAGAGCCCCAGGUCUCUGAGAUGAUAGGUUAACAGAUUUAAUAACAAUGUAAGCUGACAGACACGUCCAUGUAGGCUUCAGAUGUUUUUACCAAAAUCUGGUUUGUUUUCUUUUAUUCCGUUGUGCUGUUUUGGAUUUUAUAAAAAGAUUACUUUCUUUCCUUUCACAUUUUAGGGGCUGGAACUCAGCUGAACUCUAACCUACCAGUUUGAAACACAAACACUCCUAUUGGUGGAGUGAAUUUAUACCCCCCCCCAAUGAAAGAGACGUGUCUUUCACCAGCAUCAUGAACUUUUGAUUGACACUGGUGGCUCAGAGUUUGGUUGACGUCCAGCUGAUUUUAUUAUUAUUAUUAUUAUUAUUAUUAUUGUUAUUGUUGUUAUUAUUAUAACCGUUUGUUGUUUUGGUGGAAAACCAAAUGCUUUGUCAGAUGUCUCUUUGUAUAUGCAUUCUUUAAGAAAAUAUUAAACUUAUACCUUAAUUGCCUUUA